GACAUGACAGCACGGGACUUAGUACAGCAACGUACUACUUUAGACAAUGGAGACACCGUGUGGAGAAACUCCGCUUUAGUCGACGCGGCGUUGAAGGGACACCUGGCUGUGUUGGAUGGUUUACAUAGGAUACAUGCGAGCACUCUCGCUGUAUUACACAGUAUGGCCACUCCCGCUGCCCGCUGACAGCGCCACUCACCCGCUCUCGGUU